AAUUUGUGAAAUUUGACAAAUGUUAUGUUGUUUUGCAAGUCAAGUUAAAAUUAAGAUUGUUUUGUACUGAACUCGAAUAUCUCAGCUUUACACAUGAAAUAUGUGUAAAAACAAAUGAGGACUCUUGCCACUUAGUUAAUUAUUAUUGACAUAAUACGGACAUGUGGUAAACUGAAUUUUCAAAAUGGAUGUGGACCUACUGCGUCCCGGCACUGUGCCGAUAUCUCCGGAUACAAUACUCUGGUUUGAAUUCCUUCUCGACCCUAACCUUCUGAAGAAGCAUCUGAGCAAACCUAAUCCAGAACCGUCACCAUGUGUUUUAAUAGAGGAGUUCCUAUCAGUGGAUACUAAAAAUGCAUCCAAUUCUAAGCCAGCGAGUGAAAGAAUUGUGGAUGUAGACAAUCCACCUAGUCCGCCUGCAACCACACCAUCCACUAUACAGUUCACACGGAAACAACUAGCAUUGAAAAUACUGGCAUUAAAAGUUGCUUCUACUUUGCAUUGGAAUUUAGAUAUAUUUGAGACUAAACUUCCACCACAGAUUCAACAGCAGUUGAUGCAGGACCUAGUUUAUAUGGCUACCGAUGCUGCAUUUGAUGUGCCACCACAGGAAAUACCACCAGAAUUGCUUGCAAAACCACAAGUGCAAUUUGCAUUGACUCUUUAUCACAGAUGGAUUCUCAGAUUCCCCGUCAAGGCUGCACUUUAUGCGAAAUCAACUAAAAUGCAUUAUAUUCUUAUGCCAGGUAUGCAACCUGAUAAUGGUUAUAAUCCAUUGAACCAAAACUUCGAAAAGAUUCUUCACAUGACUGAAGCUGCUCGUAUACAAAGCAUCAGGUUCCUAGAGGAUAUUCUAUCUCAAUAUGAACAGCCAUUAGGCAAACCAAGGAAGGACCCAAAGAAAAUCAAAGUUCCUGUUAUGGAAGCCUUUGUUCAUCUUACAGAGGACUGUAAUGACAUGAAUCAUGAUUGGGAAGCAGGUGAUGUUGUAAUUAGUCAAUACGAACUUGCAAUGCAAAUCCAUUAUGAUUUCUGCUACAAUUACUUCUUUUAUGCCCAACACGAUUUUGCUAAGAAACACAUUCUUGGGUGCAGGGAGAAUUCCAAUAAAUUAGAAAAAGAUAUAUCUUUUUAUUAUAAUUCUUAUAAAGAAAUGCCUUGGGGCAAUUUCCAUUAUGCUAGCAUGGAAAAGGAUGAUAUAUUGGGAUAUAUCAGGGCUCUUAACCUAGGCUCUGAGGUUCUCAAUGAAGAGCCUUCCCUGCUACAAAAACUGCAAGAAUCUAUUGCAAACCAUUACACCGGUAUCAUUGCAGUGUUACAAGCAGAUAAUUUGACGAGAGAAAUACCAAUGAUACAUAGACAAGUUGUUGAGUUGGAUAUUCAAGGAUCCGCUUCUAGUGGUGCUUUCACUGUCGCUAGGGAUCUUCUUAGCAGAGUGUCGGCUCUGAACGCCGUAAGAUAUGCUCUUGAAGGGGGUAUACCUUCUACACAUCCCGAGUUUCUGAAUAAAUUCAAGACUGUAGGAAUUAAAUUUUUUGAUCUCCUUUUCUGGGCUCUUGCACCAGUUUUGAUGUCAGACUUGUCGGAAAACGACUGGAACAAUCUUAGAAUGUUUUUCCUGCACUUGGCUACAUCUCAAUGUAGAGUACCUAUUGACAGAAUUGACGAGUACUUGAAGAAACAUGUAGGUGAAAAUGCAGAUAAAAUCCGUAAGAAGUUGAUAUCUGAUGAAUAUUUGAACAAAAUCCUUAAUGAUCCCAUUAACAGCGAUGAUGAGAAUAUGGAUAUACCUCGAGAACUUUUGACUGAUGAAUGGGAAUCACCGGAUUUUGACUUGAAGACUGUACCGGAAUUAGAAAUGGGACGGCUUAAAAAACGUCUAAUUGAAGCGUCUACAGCUGAUGACGUACGUAUGUGCCUUGUCAAGCUUGCUAUGAUGUCCCCAUCGUCGCCGUUAUGGAAGAUAAAUCCAUCUUGGAAACCUGCAGGGGAACUAGCAAACGCCUUAGUCGCUCUACCAAGAGGAUUCUUGCAGGAUUUUGUCUACAUUGUCUCUGGGGCGGCCAGAGCUCGUGCAGAAGCAGGUUGUGCACGUACGGCCUUAACACUAUUAUCAGUAUUGGAAAGCGAAACACGGAACGAACUCGGUGGAGGCACAGAUCCUGCCUUAUACAGAUUAUGUCGUCUUUUAACCUGGGAAGUAUUGUUAUUACAAGUCAAUGUGAUGUUGAGCGAAUGGCCACAUCAUCGAUUAAAUUUGACCGCUUUGGCGAACAAGUGUAAGGCGUGCAUUGCGGCUGCAACUUCAGCAGAUGGCAUCGUCCCUCGACCACAGAUAAUAGAAGCCUGUUGGAUAUGCCUAGUGAACGCGUGUGAGUGGGACAACGUGACGCACACUGGUGGGCCAGGCGAGGCCGCUGCUGCUUUAGGUGCGGCUUGCUUUGAACUACAACGCGGGAAGGGCACUAGGAAAUUCCCAAGAGUCUUGUGGGACUAUGCGUUAUCGGUAUUCAUAAUAACGUCAAACGCUCCCGUAAAACGCAACGCCAGUGGCAUGCCAUCUCACUCUCGCGAGGCAUCAAACGCGGCUGCGGAAGCGAGAAGCAGCUUCAAUUUAUUUCUCGCCUCUUUGCGCGAACCACUGGCCAUCAGUGUUAUGUUCUCUUUACUAGCCAAGAUACAUAAUUUGUUAAUUGACGAUAAUUCACUAGAGCUAGUAGUGGAGUAUACCAGCCUUUGGCCUGCGAGUAUAUCGAAUUUGAACUCAUAUAAUGUGAAAUACGUGCUGGAGUCGUUGACUGAUUUGUUAGAGAGGAGUUUGAAACUGUAUCCCUAUAACACGUCUUGGCUGCGGCUUUAUGGUGACGUCGAAAUGGCAUGUAGCCGCUGGGGGGCAGCACUGCGCCGCUACCUGUGCGCGCUAGCAGCUAACUCGUGGCACUUUGCAAAACGAGCGCCAGACGAGGGCAGCAUAGCUCGCCGAGCGGCUCGAUGCUGCCAAGCACUUGGUGCGCCUACACAGGCUGCUGCUUUAUGCCAGCUCCCCGACGAACCGGAUUACACUACUGCUUUCAAAUGUCUUGCAGAAAAGACCGGUAACGCAGCUGACUCGAUGGACGCAUACUACGGUUCUCUAUGGGAUGGUACUCUUCUCGAAGUGGCAGUAGCUCUGCAUGCAAGAAGGGGUGAAGGCGGUCGUCGAUCCCGCGCGGUCAAAGCCGCGGGGGCAUUGGAACUUAAUGCUAAUAACAGUGAAGAUAUUCAGCGAGAAGCGGCUGCGACGAGACGGGCGAGAUUAUUGAGAGCGCUUACAAAUGAAUAUGUUGCUUAAUUUGCACAUCAUUAAAUAAUGAAAUCAACUUACCUUCUGAAAUUCCCGUCAAAAAGGACUUUUGCAUGACAUAUGUGAUUUUAGUCGAUUUAUGUAAGAGUAAAUAAUAAAUAGUUUUAA